AUGUCUCAAAGAGGAAUCAAGUCCAUCAUAGCUGACCUCAUAGGAGGUGACAAGAUAAACAGAGAUAACUACAGCAUUUGGCAUCGUAAGAUAUCAUACGUCCUCAAAGAACAAGAAGUCACUGAUGUGUUGACAACUUUUCUUUCAGAGCAUGAGGUUAUGGACUCAAGGGCCACAAACCACGUGAGCAAGGAUCGUGGCAACUUCACAGAAUUUCGUCAGUUACCAGCAAGAAGCAGAUGGCUUUAUGUUGGAAACAAUGCGAGAGUAGAAGUUAAAGGGAUCGGUACUUGUGAGCUGACCCUACAUGGAGGAAAAACCCUAGUCUUGCGGGAGAUAUGCUUCGCAGUUGGACUUGUGAGCCGAUUCCAAUCCAAUCUAGGAGUAAAACACUGGGAAGCUAUAAAGAGGAUUAUGAGAUAUCUAGAAGGAACCAUGGACUAUGAGUUGCACUAUCAAGGAAACGGCCUUCGUGCGGAGGGUUAUUCCAAUGCUGAUUGGGCAGGAGACCUGGAUGAGAGACACUUGAUGUUAGGCUAUGCUUUCCUACUGAACAACAGAGCAAUCUCUUGGAGCAACAAGAAACAAACAUGUGUGUCUCUUUCAUCCAUGGAAGUAGAAUAUGUAGCAUGUUCUGUAGCUGUCUAA